UUUACACCUGAAUGAACGCCAAACCUCAGGAUAUAUAAAGGGAACCUUGAGGAAGAAUUUCAGUUACAGAGCAGAGGCAGAAGGAAAGGAAUUAACUAGCUCUCCAGCCAAGCAAAUCCUCUACUCACCAUGCUUCCUUCUGCCAUUCAUUUCUAUCUCAUUCCCCUUGCAUGCAUCCUCAUGAAAAGCUGUUUGGCUUUUAAAAAUGAUGCCACAGAAAUCCUUUAUUCACAUGUGGUUAAACCUGUUCCAGCACACCCCAGCAGCAACAGCACGAUGAAUCAAGCCAGAAAUGGAGGCAGGCAUUUCAGUAACACUGGACUGGAUCGGAACACUCGGGUUCAAGUGGGUUGCCGGGAGCUGCGUUCCACCAAAUACAUCUCUGAUGGCCAGUGCACCAGCAUCAGCCCUCUGAAGGAGCUGGUGUGUGCGGGUGAGUGCUUGCCCUUGCCGCUGCUCCCCAACUGGAUCGGAGGAGGCUAUGGAACAAAGUACUGGAGCAGGAGGAGCUCCCAGGAAUGGAGGUGUGUCAAUGACAAAACGCGUACCCAGAGAAUCCAGCUGCAGUGCCAAGAUGGCAGCACGCGCACCUACAAAAUCACCGUGGUCACUGCCUGCAAGUGCAAGAGGUACACUCGGCAGCACAAUGAGUCCAGUCAUAACUUCGAGAGCAUGUCGCCUGUAGAGCCAGCCCAGCAUCACAGAGAGCGGAAAAGAGCCAGCAAACCCAGCAAGCACAGCAUGAGUUAGAACUCAGACUCUCAAAACUGGACUGACUGGUAGCCAUCUGCUUUACAGAUUUGAUUGCUUGGAAGACUCAAGCCUGCCAUUGCUAUUUUCUUAUUUGAAAAUAUAUGCUUUCGGCUUUGAUCAGACUCAGCAAUCUGUCCGAAGUAUCAGGACAGUCUUUGGGAAUAGCUUUUCCUUUACAAGUUUUUCAAAAUGUACACACAUCCAUGAGUGCAAUUUGUAUUUAAAUUCCACACAUUCUGUAGUUUGAAUUCCCUGUGGUUCCUAAAAGACUGAGGAUACUAUAUACAUACAAUAUAUUGAAUAAUUACUUUUUAAAACAUAAAAGAGCUUCUCGGUUACCCUUCACUCCUUAACCCAUGCCCCCUCCUCACUCAAAACUCCUCCAAAACUGAAAAGUCAAAAAGAAAUUGUUGCCUUGAAUCUUGACAAUAACACUUCAGAAGGGUGCUUUUGUUUUUUGUAAUCUUCAUGGAGCAGUUGAGCAGCCAUGAAUGAUCAUCCUUUGAAAGAAUGAAAGACCUUGUGACAUUUCAUUUCAAAAAUAAGCCCUGUAGCUUUUUACAGUCUCAUAGUAUGAAAUUGUACCCUGCAUGCUGACCCUUGCUUGGAAUGGAAUGCCAGAAAUGCAUGGCAGCAGCUAAUAAGGAAAGUUAAUUAUUUAUUUGUCAUUGUUAUUAUUUAAUGAGCUUUCAUGUGAUUUUUUCAAAAUGUAAUUUUUUUAUGUUAUGAAGCUUUUUUUCUGUACCUAAAUAUUUUCCUGUAUGAUUUGUGGUUGAUCUAGAAAUUUGAGAAUACACAUUGUAGAUAUGUAAAAUAAAUAUUUUAGUCUUCUUAUGAUAUAUAGGUUUCAUCAUGAACUUAUCAAUAGUAUGGAUCUUCUCAAAUCAAUAAGAUGCUUUGUUAAGCUAAAACAUGAAAUACCUUCUUGUUUAAUCUGUGCAAUUAGAAGGCAAUUUGCCCUUCAAUUCCAUCAGUUUCUUUUAACAAAAUAAACACUGCUAAAAGUUA